AUGUCAACUUCUAGAUCCGAACACUUGGCUCUCGGCUACGCCUCUCAGUCUGGCAGUCAACCUCGUUCUGGUUCCCCAUCCGCCAGCAAUUCCCCCAUCGAUCCUCUUCCACCUUCUCGUUCCCCAUUCGGCUUGUCUGGUGGUCUCAACCCUUCCAGUAAGAUGGCGGGCAACUCGCGAUCUGGGGCUGGUUCUCCGUCGCACGAAAUCCCUGGUUCAAGCCGUCUAUUCUCCAAGAGAGCUCGCGAGAUCCAGGCCCAAGAAGGAGUCCCUGGUAUGCCGGGAAGCCUUUGGGGCGGCCCCCCCACGAGCGGCAAUUCCACGCCACUACGUGAGAAUAUUCCCGAGUCCCCAACCGAUGGUUUCCCGGACUUUGCCCAGCUUCCUACGCCGGAUUCAAUGCCUCAGACAAGGCGCGCUCGAGCUGGAACGGUGCCGUCUCGAUUCUCUCCUGGAGGUGCAGCUAACGGCAUGAUCGGUAUUCCUGGCCUAGCUGCCAAGACAAACAGGCCCACGCCAACUCAGAGCCCUUUCAAGUCGCCUUCUCCUAAUCCUGAUGUACAGGAGAAUAGUUCCAGCAGCUCAACCUUACUCUCACGACUCCGUGCAGGUUCCAUGCCUCAGAGAAGUCAGUUUGCACCAAUUCCUGGAACCAGCUCGCCAUUCGGUCCCUCUAUCUUCAGCAGUUGGAAUCCGACAGGUGUGGGACGCGAGCGAGCCUCCACUUUAGCCAGCAUUGCCAGUGUCGGCUCUAACGGCCCUAGCUCGCCAGCCCAAUCUCAAUUCUCAAAAGAAGGAGGCGGGGAGUCCGAUGUUCAUAUGAGAACCCUGGACUAUCUUGGACUUGCAGAGACCCCACAACCUCCCCGAGCACAGCUUGCUACUCCUUACCUUGCCAAUCUCGACUUCACGAAGCAAGCAAGCCGUUUCCGAUCUUACUCGGUCAACAACAAGGACAAAUAUGCCGAUGACGAAGAUGAUUACGACAAUGAAAUGCCCCUCGACCCCCAAUAUGUGGCAGCUCUGCAAGAUCAGCUGGCCGCUACCAACGCUGCGAUUCACAACCACAAUCUCGCUGUCCAGGCUUUUGCCAAUCAGGCCAAUCGUCCUCGCGCGCGUACCGCUGGUGUCUUGGACACUCCUGGAAGUCGACUUAUGAGAACAUACAUGUCCGGCAACUCCAACCUGUCUAACUCUGUUGCCCCUGCUGAGAUUCGACUGCAAGACGAGAAGGAUUACGAGGAUCUUCCUCAGGCCGUUGCUGGGAUCAACCUCGGCAGAUCAAGCAGCCGUAACGCUGGUCUCCUCAGUGCUGACGAGCAAGGUCUUGAGGGUCCUACCAGCGCACUCUGGCUCGGUAGCAUUCCCACUUCCACAACCACUUCCACAUUGAUUGAGAUGUUCAAGUCUCACGGUCCCAUCUUGUCAGCUCGUGUCCUCACUCACAAGAAUUGCGGGUUCGUCAAUUUCGAGAGGGUGGAAAGCGCCAUCUCUGCCAAGGCAAGCAUGAACAGCAAGGAAAUCUUUCCCGGUGCUGGUCCCAUACGCAUCAACUUCGCCAAGCCUCCGUCUGCUUCCAACACUCCCGGCCACGACGGAGUGUUCCCUUCCCCUAGCCCUGACCCAUUUGCGAAGGGACAAGAUAAUGUCCAGGGCACGAACGCCAGUACCCCAGCGGGCGAUACUACCCCUGCCAUUUCCACCACAAACGCAACCCCUAAGGCUCCUGCUCUCCGUGAUAUGACCACUAAUAUUCUCGAUAUUGUUAAGCAAUUUGGCGCGUCUGAAGAGGAUAGAUUCAGGAUCUCUCGUAACCUGCAGUCGGCUAUUCAGUUCAACUCAUUUGUUGAGGAAAUCCCGCCUAUCCGCGAGCCUGCUCACACUCGUGUUCACGACGCACCCAAGCUUCGGGAUAUCCGCAAGCGAAUUGAUAACCAGAGCUUGUCUCAGGCUGAAAUUGAGAAUAUUGCUGUGGACAUGCUUCCGGAAAUUGCCGAGCUCUCGUCCGACUAUCUUGGUAACACCGUGGUACAGAAGCUUUUUGAGCACUGUUCCGAUCAACUCCGCGAUGCCAUGCUGUCCGAGAUUGCGCCUCAUAUGGCCGAGAUUGGGGUGCACAAAAACGGUACCUGGGCGGCCCAGAAGAUCAUUGAUGUCUGCAAGACCCCCGCGCAGAUGUCUUUGAUUGUUGAGCACAUCCGCCCCUACACUAUUCCUCUUUUCCUGGACCAAUACGGCAAUUAUGUUCUCCAAGGAUGUCUCAAGUUUGGUGCCCCCUACAAUGAUUUCAUCUUUGAGACGAUGCUUGCCCGCAUGUGGGAGAUUUCACAGGGCCGGUAUGGUGCUCGUGCCAUGAGAGCAUGCCUCGAGAGCCAUCACUCGACCAAGGACCAACAGCGAAUGCUCGCUGCUGCCAUUGCCCUAAACAGCGUGCAGUUGGCAACCAACGCUAAUGGUGCACUACUCUUGACCUGGUUCCUUGACACUUGCACUUUUCCCCAACGUCGCACAGUUCUGUCGCCCCAGCUAGUGCCUUAUCUGGUUCAUCUCUGCACCCACAAGGUUGCCUAUCUCACAGUGCUCAAGGUCAUCAAUCAGAAGGCAGAGGCGGAUGCGCGCGAUGCCAUCCUUCAAGCCUUGUUCUUCACGCCUAAUGACCAAGUGCUUGAAGCCAUUCUGAAGGACCACCAAUGCGGUGCUACACUGAUCUUCAAGGUUCUUACCACGCCCUUCUUUGACGAGUCUAUCCGCAACCAGGUUGUUGAAAAUGUCAAGAAUGUUCUUCUGCGAAUCAAGGCCCAGCCCAACCAAGGUUACAAGCGCCUGAUGGACGAGGUUGGCCUGUCGACUCGCAGCACUGGUAACAACCGGGAUGCUAGUACACAUGCUGAGCAACGCCAACGUCCAUCCUCGCGACAGGCAAACUCGAAUGGCCAUCAUCCCAAUUCUGCGCACUCUAAUAAGCCUUUCUAUAACCCGAUGAACCAACCAACUAACCCUCCUGGAUUUGAUAUGCCGUAUGGCGGCCAGAGAAACGAGCCUGCUGAUGGAGGCGUUUCCGCAUUCCCUCAGUUCAACCAGAGCAUGAUGUAUAACGCACCCGGAGGUCCGAUGCCUGCCAACUUGCAACAGAUGCAGUACCAGCAGAUGAUGAAUCGAGGGCCGCCACCCAUGAAUUUCAACUAUCCUCCUAUGCAGGCUGGUUAUGGUGGCUUCAAUGGUCCCAACCCAUCUGUCGACCAGUACCGCCAACAGAACAUUCCGAAUGGAAGUCCCAUCCAACCGCCUGUUUCACAGAUACCCCAGAUGCCCGCUGGCCAGACUCCAUUCGCACCCCCAGGAUUUGGUAUGGGAAUGGGCAACUAUGGUUAUGGUAACAUGGGAGGCAUGCCCAACAUGGGCUACAUGCAGCAACAGGAGCAGGGUAACCCUCGACGAGGCCGCGUAAGACAACCUCAGUCACGCAAUGGGCAACAAAGAAGAGGGGGCUAA